UUGCACAUUGGCCAGCGUUCUGUUCCAGCAAUGCCUCGCCCACCCUGCUACAAGAGCACAUCAAGCUCAUUGCACGUCUGCCUCUGCGACGAGCCCGUGCUGCUCGCUCAGUCCUGCCUCCGCGGGCGAUCUUACAGUUCUGCGUUCGACGAACACGAGGACUCGAGCUACAUCUCCGCCAUGCAUGUGCCCGGGUGCCGCAUCCCUGAGCUGGACCACCUCAGCACCUCGCAUUCGUGCUGCUGGAUUGGGCGGCACCCCCGAGGGCGCCGCACUGCACGUUCAUCAGCAACCUCACAUACCUCGCGCCCGUCACCCGCCUGUUCCUCCAUCAGGGCCACUUCCGUCAUGCAGCCGUCCUCCGCCUCAUCGCAGGCGUCCUCAGUCUCUAGACUCGAAUGCUUGUGUCUGGAUAAAAUGGCGUCCCGGUUGACCCUGCGGGACACGGAAGGAGCCACGCUACUUCAAACAAGAAUUCCUCUGAGUUAUCGCUCAUGGGCUCCGCCGGCCGCGACUAUCACUCACCAGGUCGUCUAUGUGCAUCAGAGCCUCCUAGUCACCUUGGUCGCAUACACUUUUACAUGCGCGUCCCUUCCGGACACGACUCAUUUCUUCUCGUUUGCGCAUUAUUGAUCGUUCCUCCGCGUAUACCACGGCCUCCUACACGGCCAUCUUUGCGACGAUCCCAACUGGGGUGCUACGCCCAGCAAAGCUCCGUCUCAUCGUGCGGCGGACACCGUUCAGCCGUUGUGUGUGUAUCACCGUCUGACGUAUCCUCGGCAUUCGGUCACGGAGUACUUCAAGCACCUUUCGCAAGAGUGUUGCGUCGUCGAGCUGCUCGACAUCCGUCUGUCGAACUCGCCCUCCUCGGUACUACGUCACGCCUUCGUUGCAGAGCUGCGCAAUCGGGACCGGCACUUCAGAGGCUAUUGUAUGGGAACAUCGAUGUGUGCUCGCGCUCCAGAAAAACCACAAAGCCUCCCUUACAAGGUGCAGGUGCUUCAGUUGGCG